AUGCGACACAUGGCGCAGCAAGCGAGCACCACUGCGUCAACGUCUUCUAGUCCAGAAGUUUCAAUGGUUGUGCGUCCCAAAGUUAGUCUGAGCGUUUCAGCGCCUCUCGAGGAUACUCCGCUUGAUUUGACACUUCGAAAAUCACAACAGUUCGCUGAGAAAAGGUAA